UCUGCACAUGUGAGAAGAACUGAGGUGGGAUUGUAACCUCUCGAAUUAAAUAACAAUACUUCAAAACAUCGCUUGUAUUUUUUUUGAAAGUAAAUAAAUUUGGCACGAUGGAAGUAGCCGUGGAUGACAUUGUUAUGCCAGGGGAUAAAUUAAAACCAAUUGAAAAAGUCGGUAGUAAAAAGAAAGUCAUUCUUGGACCCGGUUUGCGAACGGAUGGCGAGGAUGUUUAUACUACCAAAGCCGGAAUAUUAAAAAAAAGACUUGCAAUUUAUUAUGUGGAUUGUCAUCAAAAGAGGUAUAUACCAAGUCAAGGUGAGAAUGUUGUGGGUGUUGUAACUCAAAAAGCAGGUGAUUUAUAUAAAGUGGAUAUUGGAGCCAGCGAACCAGCUGUACUGUCGUAUCUGGCAUUUGAAGGAUCUAGCAAGAGAAAUCGACCUGAUGUACAAGUUGGCGAUAUUGUUUAUGCUAAGUUAGCUGUGGCCGGUAAAUAUAUGGAAUCAGAAUUAGUUUGCGUUGAUUCAUUUGGUAAAAAAGGAAAGCUUGGCAUUUUGAGCCCAGAAGGAAUGAUGUUUUCUUGUUCAUUAAAUCUUGUCAGAAAAGUUUUAAAACCAGACUAUCCUCUGUUGAAAUUACUAUCAGAAGAAUUAAAAUAUGAAGUAGCUGUCGGAAUGAAUGGAAAAAUUUGGAUAAAAUCUAAAAACAGUGUUCAAGAUACAAUUGCAAUUGCAAAUGCCAUACUUGCAUCUGAAUACACAAUUCCGAGUGAAUAUCCAUCCUUGCGAAAUAGUAUAAUGCAGGCAUUAACUGUUUUAAGAUAAAAAAGUAACUCUUAUUUUUUGUAUAUACAGUUAGAUGUAAA